ACCGGACGAAUAUACAUCAGUGUUUAACCGUUUUUAUAUCAGUUUAUAUAUGUCAAUGUUUCGUGCAAUUUUUCAUAUGAAAGUUAAUACGCCAGGCAAGUCUAUAGCUCUUCAACUAAUUUGUACUUAAUUUGCAAAACUUUUUUAAUACGAGUUAAUUUAUACUAAGCAAGUCUAACGGUGAAGAGAGCAUCGUGAUGCAACGUGCACAUAUUUGCGAGAAAAUUCAAAGAUAUGUGUGAAGUCAACCCGCACUGAGCCUGUGGUUGACUAUAGCCUAUACACCUAACUUAAAGAAGACUCCGAGCCCCUCAGCGGGAACCUACAGUGAGGUAAUGAUGAAGCUUGUCAAAACAGUCAAAAAGUUAUUAUAGAAUUUAGUGUAAUAAGUGAGCAUUUAUCAAGCAAGCAGUCUUCAUUACUUCGUGAUGUGAUUUUAAAAAAUUGAUCAUUCUGUGGGUAUUUUAAAAACGUACUGAACAAAUUGAAGAAGCGCUGUCCGCGCUUUGCCCACUGGAAUAUGGCAUAUGACGGUAGCAGAAAGAAAGAAUGCUGCGUCGUUACUUCAUUUGACAACUGCCAGACCAUUCACACAUAUGGGCUCAACAUUAAAAUGUUUCUACUGCAAGAAAUAUUAUUCUGAUUUAUCAGAUUUACUCGAGCACACAUUGACACAUCCAGUAGAAGCCAAAGAUACGAUAUUAAAGAAAUAUAUUAUGAAUGGGAAACGUAUGGUUUUGGUUGAUAUAUCAAUACUUAAAUGUAGACUUUGCUGGAAGAGAUAUACAGAUAUAAAUUCAAUAAGACAACAUUUAGUAAUUGAACACGAUAAGAAAUUUUCUAUAGGCGCAAAUGGUUUGACUGAAUAUAACUUAUCGAUUGAAAAUGGUAAUCUAACUUGCCAUAUUUGUAAGAAUACGUUCCAUGAAUUUGUCCAUCUAAAAAGUCAUAUGUACACCCACACAGGUAGGGUAGUUUGCGAAGCUUGCGGUGUUAAUUUUAUAAAUCGUUAUCAUUUAUCGUUACAUAUGGAUACUCAUAUUAAAAAGAAGUUAACAUGCAAAUCAUGUGACAAAGAAUUCUCUAAAUACGGUCAGUUAAAAUACCAUAGAGCUAUAAUCCAUAAAACAAAGAAUAAAAGAAAGAAAACAUGUGAAUACUGUACCGAUUCAUUUAAAGAACACCACACAAAGAUGCUACAUUUAAAAAUAGUUCACGGUAUAGUAAAAUCAUUUCCCUGUUUGGUAUGUAACACUAACUUUGAUACCCGACGCGCACUGACCGAGCACACGACUAAAUAUCAUACAGAAAAAUAUAAAUGUGAAACAUGCUCUAAGUGCUUUGAAAUAGCGUCCAAAUUGAGAUAUCACAUGCGUGUACAUACAAAUAGCAAGGAGUUUAUAUGUGCUUAUUGUAAUAAUGGGUAUAUGUUAAAAGCAUCUUUAAUAAAACACAUGAAACGACUCCAUAGUUUUUACUAUUCCGUACCAAAGAUUAUGUAAAAACGAGAAGAGACAAGAAACUAGCAAAGUAUUAAGUGCGAUAUAAAUGAUCUCAUUCCUAAAUUAUUUAUUAUUGUAUAAAAGUGUAAUAUUAAACAUACCAAAGUAAUAAAAAUAGUCGAAAUAAGAUGUUGUUUUAUUGGGGGCGUAUUGCGAUGAAGUUUCUUGCUUUGAUGGCAUAAAACGUCGAUGGCAUGGAUAAAUGUCGAUAUUUGUAGGAAAGUUAACUAAUUUAUUAACACACGACUAAGUUUAUGAGAAAAACCAAACUGUUAGACUUUAUUCUAUAAGAAUGUUGUUUGAUAGUUGGCAUAAAUAGGGUCCUUCAAGAAGCGAGUUUAUCAUCAUCUCAA